AUGUGCGGUGGUAUCCUUAUAUUAUACCGAAAGGAUCACUCCUUGAUGAACGCGGGUAUCAAGGGUGCCUCGGGUGUUAAAGUUGCCGCACUAUCUGCUCACCUAGUUGUGAAGCGUGAACGCCUUAUUAUACCCGGCCACUCCCUCGACAACCGUAUUUCAGCCGCGGAGGGGGGCCAACAGCUCCAACGAUUUUAUCUCGCAACUGGAGCUCAAGCUGGCGACACCUUUGACGUCAGAUUUACCUGGGAUCACCAGAUACCUGCUGCUGCUGCGAGGACGGCGAACAACCUUUCUAUGAUGGUGUAUGGUGAUGUCAAGGUGGGAAGUCUAGUUUGGAAUGAUGAAGAGAAUGGGGAGGAUAAGUCUACGGAUACUGCUGGUGGCGAGUCCCAGUCGAAGAAAACUAGUGGCCCGUCAACUAAGUCGACGGCAAUGAAAACCAAAGCCACCAGGUACUUAAUCGACAAAGUUUCUACCCAAUUGUCUCCAAAGAACAUGGUCCGGGUCGCGGAUAUACGGGGUAACGUCAUCCUUAUUUCGUCGCUAGCCGGUGGUGAUGCCCAUUCUAGGACAGAGCCUCGACCACCAGAGAAUGCUUAUAGCAUGUCCGAACUGGGCUAG